GAGGGUUUCACAGGAAAGUGUGGCAUUCACAACCCAGCGCUCAUGCAGUACAGAGCCUCCACAACUGCCUGCCUGCACUGCAAAAACAAGAUCCCAGCACACGCUCAGAGAGAGAGAGAGAGAGAGAGAGAGAGUGCAGAUGUGGAGUGUGUGAAAGAGGAGGGAACAGUAAGGUGAACUCCAGAGGGAAAAUCUGAGAGCAGCAAUAGUAGAAAGGCAAGUAAGGACACAGAAGGACUUUCCACUGCUUGUAUCCUUUCACAUUCAACUUUUUUGCUAUAUUACACAAGCUUUGAAACAUGGAAGUGAUCGAAGAGGCCCAUUUGCACCUGGAGGUCCCAGAGCCAAACAAAUCCCUCACAGAGAUCUCUGAUGAUGAAAUCAACCUCCCUGCCUCUGAAGAUGAAGAUGAGGGCAUUGAGAACAAAGCCAAAGAGGGUGGUGAGAAAGGCGAGGCUGGUGAUGGAGACAAAGGUGAGAUGAAUGGAGUCAUUGUCCUGGCUCUACUAGAUAAGAUCAUUGGAGCCGUAGACCAGAUCCAGCAAACACAAUCCGGGCUUGAAGUCCGUCAACGGGAGAUGGAGAGAUCCGUGACAGGCAUCCAAGGGGAACUCACCAAACUGUCCAAGAGCCACACCACCACAGCCAACACGGUCAAUAAGAUGCUGGAGAAGGUGCGUAAGGUGAGCGUGAAUGUGAAGACGGUGCGAGGAAACCUGGAGAAACAAGCCGGGCAGAUCAAACGACUGGAGAGCAAUGAGAACGAGCUGCUGAAGAGGAGAAACUUCAAAGUCAUGAUCUACCAGGAUGAUGUAAAGGUACCUUCAAAAGUGAAUGUAGCCAAGUCUAUGAAGAUUUCAGAACCAGCAGAGCGAGAAGGGGAAUUAGAACUUAAAGUGGCUGCGGAAGAAGGAGGAGAGGACAAAGAAAAAGGACAUCUGGACCUGUCUUCUGAUGAAGAGGAGGUCGAAAUCGAGGAGACCAUUGAGGAAACGCGGGCAGAGCGUAUCAAACGCAGCAGUCUGCAACGUGUCCAAAACAUAAAAACCGCUUUCUCCAAGGAAAAGAUGGAGAAAACCAAGCAAAAGACGAAGGAGAACUUAGAGAAGACCAAACAGAAGACCAAAGACAACUUGGAAAAAACUCGUAUGAAGACCAAAGAGAACUUGGAGAAAACCAAACAGAAGACCCGAGAGAACCUGGAGAAAACCAAACAGAAGACCCGAGAGAACCUGGAGAAAACCCGUCACAACAUAGAAAAAAAGAUGGGCAAACUCAGCACUCGCAUGUCUGUGAACCCUGAGCGGAAGGAGAAGCUCAAGUCCUCGCAGAAGAAGGUGAUGAAAUCCUUCACACCUGACCACACCAUUUAUGCCCGCUCCAAAACGGCUGUCUACAAGGUGCCGCCAUUCACCUUCCACGUGAAGAAAAUCCGUGAGGGCGAAGUGGAGAUCCAGGGAACCGAGAUGGUGGAGGUAGGUGGGGACACAGAGGAGGUGGACAAUGCAAUGAAGGGAGGAGAAGAUGAGGAGAUGGAGAUGGAAGGUGGCGAGAUGGUGGAGGAGGACGAGGAGACAGAGGACAGCCCUGAGAUGCAGGCACUGCUGGAGAUGGGAGACGACUCGGAGCUGGUGUUGUUGGAAAAAGACCACGAUAGAGACAGCGAUUAGAGGAAAAAAACAUUGUCUACUUGUGUAUAUGUGUGUAUGUCUGUAUAAGGGUGCCUACACACUAAAGAAAACUCUGAUGGGGCAUUUUACAAAUAGGAAAGUGAAAGAUGCAUUUUAAGUGUGUGGAAACAGCUGGAUAAGUUUAAAAUCAAGUAGGAAUGUGGGUGGGGGGGUUCAUUGGCCCCCAAGAUUUUCCUUGUGCACCCCCAUAAACUUCUGACACCUCCCCAAUCGAGAAUGAAACACAAUCAAGGGGACCAACAUCCCCCACCCUGUCCCGUACGACUCCCCCUUGAGACAACCAGUUGACAACCAGUUGCCCAGCUCUGGGUGAACUGGAUUUUCCAAAAGAACCACUGGAUGUAUGACAGAGUCACUUUCACUAAUACUUGCAUUUUUCCUCUAUCCCCAUUAAAAUCAAUGGAUUCGCAGUGUUCUCAGACAUACUCUAGUGUGUAGGUGCCCUAAGUGUGUGUGCUACAUACUGCUGGUCCAGAUUUUGGAUGUUGCAGGGAAAAGUACAUGUGUCCAUUUGUGUGUGUAUGUGUGUGUUUGCAUCUUUUCUGGCAGCAAAAUUUUAAAAUGUAAGGUGACUCCAGUUAUUGGGUCUUUUCCUCAACCUAAUGAGCUUCCUUCGGAGGCAACAUUUUAAGACAUCAUAGGCAUGCUCCUGAAGCAAAGGCUGUUCCAAAAGGUAGGUAUCCUAAUUAUGAUGCUACCUUAGAAUUUGGCCAAAAUUAGUUAUAUGAUCAGGCAUCAUAUGUACUCUUCCCCAGGUAGGUGAUCCCAGAAUGCACCGUGAUGAGCGGUGAAAUAAAUUCAAGAUGCCGGUUGAAGAGAGAAAUUUGGAUUAUAUAUACUUAUAUUCCAUUCAGUACUGAAAAGUAUCUUUCAAAUUUUGUUUAAUAUCAUAGAAAACUGACAAUUUUACCCAAAAUGUGUUUGUAUUAUGCAUAUUUAUGCUCAUUAGAGGAUCACUAUAUUCCUCCCGCAUCAUUUGUAUUGAAAUCAGUUGCGUGUGGAGUCUCGCGUGCGCGUGUGAGCGCUAUUUGAUUGAUGCGCAGAGCUGCCGCCUAUGUAUAACUUCCAAAUCGCUCUCUUAUGAGACAUCAUGUCAAUAAGGAUGCUGCCAUAGAAGACAGCUGCCUGUGUAGGCAGGAGACAGCAAGGCAGCUCACUAAGUUUAAGAACAGACCAAGUAAAUUAGUUCCUCGUGAUAAAGGUGCACUCAGUAAUUUUUUCCCUUAUUAAAAAAAAGCUUUACACAGAAAGAAUUGAAUUGUAACUUGUGAUUUUUUUUUUUUUUUAAUCAUGUAUACUCGGUAGCCUUAUAUAAAGCAUCGACGGUGCUGGAGCCCUAUUGUAUUUGUACUGAUUAUAAUAUGCACUUAUGUUUUCUCUAAUAUCUUCACAACCGUAUGAGCUAGAAUCAACAUUUCUGAGUGCCAUUUUGAGUUUUCUGAAAAAUCUACUUUUUCUAGUUGAGGAGGAGUUAGAAAAUGUUUUUCGAAAAACUCAAAAUAGCUGACAGAAUACAUAAAAGUAACUAGAGGUCUUAGUAAUGACAUUUCUUUGCCCCUGACAGAUUUGUUCUUUCAAAUUGGGCAAUUCUGGUCAUUUUUGUCCACUUUUCCAAACUCAUUGCUGGUAUAUUUUUAAAUGUAGCGGGUUGCCUCACAGGGGCUAACUUAAGAUUAAUAUUACUUACUUUAUUGGACACUUUUGCUCACAAAAUAAAUGAAUCAUGGUAGACUUCAAAUAGUGCAUUUCUUCAGUGGCACUGGUAAUAAAAACCCAUGCUUUUGCAUGAUGCUGCAUGGAUACUGCUAAGUCCAGCACUACAUGAAAAAAUACUGAGUUCAACUUUAACCUUAUUUAAAUUGUUGGGCAAGGGGUGGGAAUUGGGCACGCUGACCAAUAAGAUGCAACAUUGGGCCAGAGGUCUCUGGAAACAUUAUUAGGUUAUUUAGAAUAAAUGAGACCAAUGACCAUGUGAUCAAAUGAACAACAGACUUGGAUAAGUGGUUCUAUCCAACUAGAAGAUGAUUUUAAUUCAUGCAAUAUUCUCACAUUUAGAGCAAGUCAACAGUCUAAACUUCACUUAUCAUAAAAGCUGGGGAAACAAAACAAGAUAUAUAUAUAUAUAUAUAUAUAUAUAUAUAUAUAUAUAUAUAUAUAUACACAUUGUAAUUUUAGGGUUGAAUAAUGUAACUUUUUCUUAAAACAGGCUGUCACAUCAAACAGAAUUUAAUACAUAAUUUUAUCCUCCUAAUGUUUUGCAAAUCAUCAAAAAUAUAAAAGUAUUUUUUUUAAUUAAAUAUACAGUAUACAGUAUAUUUAAUUGAACUUUGUUUUAAUUUUAUAUGUUUUAUAUUAUAUAUAAAAUUACCCAACUCUAGCUCUGCAGUCUUGCUUUAUUUUGCAAAAGUUCAGCAAAAAGGCAUCAGUGCUCAUAACACAUUUAAAACUACUGUUUGUGUAACAUUUGCAUGUCCCCUGGUGGACAUGUGUGCUAAUGUUGUAAUGGGCCAAUGAGUGGUGAGCCUUUGCCUGUCAUCUAUAGAUCGAAGAGCACAAACGUUCUUACAAAAUAGGUAUGAAUGGCAAAAAUCAUAUGUCCUGCAAGCACAAUCACAUGUACUGCCAGCAGCACGUCUUGAUCUGUACUUUAACCAAAUGAAUAUGAAUUACUGCUGUUACACCAAACAGACAUUUCUUAUGUUUCUCUGAUAUUUCCAGAGAGGUCCUUUACCAUUAUCUUCACUGCUCAGUUUGUAAAAUUUUAUAAUUGCUUCGUAGUCUUGCAAAACUCCUGUUUUACUUUAAGCAUAUUACCUUUGUUGUUGAAUAUUUGCUUGUGUAGCUGGUGAUGCAUAUUAAUACUCACUUGUAAUGUCACACUUCUUAACCACUAAUGUGUUAAUAAAAGCAGUCUGCUUCACAAUC